AUGCUCGCUGCGAGGGACACAAUUGCCACAACCCUAACAUGGAUCUUCUACAACCUUGCCCAAAACCCUAACAUCGUGUCAAUCAUCCGCAACGAACUUUCACCCAUUGCAUCACGCAAAGUAGCGGUAGGCAUGUGUACCCCGGUGAUCUUUGAGCCAGACGAGACCAAAUCUCUAGUAUAUUUGACAGCCAUCUUGUACGAGACUCUCAGGCUGUACCCACCAGCGCCUGUCUUGCGCAAGACGGUGGCCGUAGAUGACAUCAUGCCGAGUGGCCAUGAGGUGCAUGCCGGUGACACCAUUUUUAUUUCUGUCCACUCCAUGGGGAGAAUGGAGGUUGUGUGGGGUAAAGACUGCCUCGACUAUAACCCACAUAGGUGGCUCUCGGAUGAGGGCAACAACCUGCGAUACAUACCAUCUCACAAGUUCUUGGCAUUCAACUCAGGCCCGAGAAUGUGCCUCGGCAAGGACAUUGCAAUUAUGCAAAUGAAGACUGUCAUUGCUACAACGGUGUGGAACUUCGAUGUGAAUUUGGUGGAAGGGCAGAGCAUCCAGCCCAAGCCGUCCAUUAUACUGGAAAUGGAAAACGGGCUCAUUGUUAAGUUGAAGAAGAGAGACAUAUAA